AUGGCUGAUAGAAAAGCAAAUAAAAAUGCAGUUGUAAAAAAUGUAGAUAUGACCGAAGAAAUGCAAAUUGAUGCUAUUGAUUGUGCAAGUCAAGCUUUACAAAAAUACAAUGUUGAAAAGGACAUCGCUGCUCAUAUAAAAAAAGAAUUUGAUAGAAAAUAUGAUCCCACUUGGCAUUGUGUAGUAGGAAGAAAUUUUGGUUCUUAUGUCACUCAUGAAACUAAAAAUUUUAUUUAUUUUUAUAUUGGACAAGUAGCUAUAUUACUGUUUAAAUCCGGAUAA